UCUCGAUUUUCUCUCUCUCUUCCUACUUAGGGUUAGGGUUUUAACUGCAAUUUGAAACAUUUAGUUGUUUAGUAUAUUAAUCUUUUAGUUAGAAUCUUUACGAUUGAGUUCUGUUCAGACCAAUUUAGGGUUUUUCAUCAAUUUGGGGGGGGGGGGGGUUGAUUUGUUGCUUCUAUUGAGAGUUUGGAUUAGCGGUUUUUUUUUUUUUAAUUAUCAAAUUGUGAUAUUUCGAGGACUAGGUUUGAUAAACAAUGCCUCCAAGAAUGGUGAAGAGAGGGGCUGGGUCUGCAGGCACAAGGAGGACGGCGAGGUCCACUAGAGGGGCAUCGAAAGCCCAGAAUCCACCACCGGAGCCUGUAGAGGAGGCCGUGCAAGUAGAGAUGGCUUCCGUUCCAGUUGUGGAAAUGAGGGAGGAGGAAGAGGAGGAGGUGGUGGAGGACCUUAAGGCUGAUGAGAAGCGAAUUGUGGAGGAAAAAGUGGUGAUCGAGAAAAAGGGGGUUGUUCCUGAGGAAAACGCUGGAUUAAAUUUGAAUUCGAAAGGGUCAGUUGCGAUGAAGAAAGAGGAUGAAUUGAAGGAGUCUGUUGAGGAAUAUGAAAAAGAUGAGCGGUUAGAAUUGGAUGAUAAUGAACCUGAAUACGAACCCGAAGAAUAUGUUGGGGUGGAUUAUGAUGAGAAGGAGAUGGAACCAGAUGAGGUGGGAGAUGAAGUAGAGGAAGAGCCUGAGGAGGAGCAGGAUGGUGAGGAGAAAGAGGGUGAUCUGUCAGAUGAUGAAGAUGUUCAUGAAGUUGAAGUAGAAGGUGAUGACGACGACGACGACGACGACGAUGAUGAGCAUGCUGGGGAAGAAGUGGAGCAUGCAGAUUUUGAUACAGCAGAGCAUGAUGAGCGGCAUGAAUUUGUUCAAGAGAGACGGAAGCGUAAAGAGUUUGAAGUGUUUGUUGGAGGAUUAGACAAGGAUGCCACUGAGGAUGAUAUUAGGAAAGUCUUCAGCCAAGUUGGUGAAGUUGUUGAUGUUAGGCUGAUGAUGAACCCUCAAACAAAGAAGAACAAGGGGUUUGCAUUCUUGCGUUUUGCAAAUGUAGAACAAGCAAAACGUGCAGUCACAGAACUUAAGAAUCCUGUGAUUAAUGGGAAACAGUGUGGUGUUACCCCAAGUCAAGACAGUGACACCCUUUUUCUGGGUAACAUAUGCAAGACAUGGACAAAGGAAGCGUUGAAAGAGAAGUUGAAACAUUACGGAGUUGACAAUGUUGAAGACUUAACAUUGGUAGAAGAUAGCAACAAUGAGGGAAUGAAUCGAGGUUUUGCCUUCUUGGAAUUUGCAUCUCGGUCAGAUGCGAUGGAUGCUUUUAAGUGUCUUCAGCGGAGAGAUGUUUUAUUUGGGGUUGAUAGGCCUGCAAAGGUUUCUUUUGCAGAUUCCUUCAUUGACCCGGGUGAUGAAAUCAUGGCACAGGUUAGGACCAUAUUUAUCGAUUGCCUACCUCCUUCUUGGGAUGAGGAUCGUGUUAGGGAGCUAUUGAAGAAAUAUGGGGAAAUUGAAAAGAUUGAACUUGCCCGGAAUAUGCCAUCUGCUGACAGGAAGGAUUAUGGUUUUGUUACGUUUGAUACUCAUGAUGCUGCAGUCACAUGUGCUAAGAGCAUUAACAAUACUGAGUUGGGUGAAGGUGACAGCAAGGCUAAAGUUAGAGCCAGGCUUUCAAGACCACAUCAGAGAGGCAGGGGUAAGCACAUUGGCCGUGAUGGUUUUAGGUCUGGCCGUGGAUCUGGACGAGUUGUUAGGGGUUCAUGGGGUCGUCCUCCUCCACGUGGUUUCCCUCCUCGUGGGAUAAGAGGAAUUAGUAAUCGUGUCCCACCACCUAGUCUAAAGAGGCCUGUUGGAUUAAGAGAUAGACGUCCUAUUAUGUCCACACCAGCUAGAGGCCGGCCUUUGGCUCCUCCUCCUUCUAGAUCCUAUGACAGAAGAGCGCCUGUUCCACCAUACCCAAAGAGUAGUUUGAAGAGGGAAUAUGGUCGGCGCGAUGAAGUUCCUCCUCCAAGGAGCAGGGCUCCUGUGGAUUAUGGUUCUAGGGUUGUGCCAGAGAGACGCCCAUCAUAUAGAGAUGACUAUUCUGCUCGCAGUUCCGGCUACUCUGAUUUGCCUAGAAGCACAUCUCGCACUGCAGCCAGGAGACCUUAUGUAGAUGAUGCGUAUGGCCAAAGGUUUGAAAGACCUCCUCCUAGUUACCGUGAUGGGCGUGGCCGUGAUUAUGACUCUAUGUCUGGCUCAAAACGACCAUAUUCGGCUAUGGAUGAUGUUCCUCCUCGAUAUGCUGAUGCCGGUGCCAGGCAUUCAAGGGCUCGUCUAGACUAUGAACUGGCUACUGGUGCUCCUCCAUAUGCAGACACAUAUGGUGAUAGGCUUGGGAGAUCCAGUCUAGGAUAUGGUGGCAGCAGGAGUUCUAUGUCCAGUCAGGAUUCACAUGGGCUAUAUGGCAGUCGUCAGGGUAUGGGCUAUGGUGGAGGUUCUUUCAGUGGCAGUGAUGUUGGAGGAAUGUACUCGUCCUCAGGUUAUAGUGGUGAUUACAUGCCUAGGGGAUCUGAUGUUGGUGGUAGCUCUUACUCAUCCAUGUAUUCUAGUCGUGGUAUGGGCGGCAGCAGUUACAUGGGUGGUGGUGGUGGUUCUGGGUCAUACUACUGAUGGCUCCCUGAAGAAGCUGGUUUCUAUGUUCUUCUGAGAAGUGUAUUGGAAAGGACAUAGUCGUAUCGUCACAAGUGAAUUUGUCUAUGGAACAGAUUUCAAAGACAAUGAGGCUGCUGUAGGAUCUGGACCAUUUGAAGCUUUUGGAUUAUGUAUCCAUGUAUUGGAUAGAAGCAUGCCAAGUGCUAUAGCCUCCAUAUGUUGUAGGAGAAAGGUUUUGAGGUUAAAGUAUUAUGUGAAAGAGGCUGUGUGCUGGUUCAAGCUGUUUCUAGUUUCACAAACUGGUUAUUUGUGAGUAUUCAGGUUUAUGCUGUAAGGAAAAACUAAUUUCAUUUAGAGAUGAAAACAGAAAGCGCUUAGAAUGUGCUGUGUAUGAACAACGUUGUUUAUUUUAAUAUUUAAGAACUCCUCGUCUCCUCCUGAUGGAGAUUUCGGAAGCAUUUGUCUCAUAUUUUAAUGGAAGAGUAUUUAGAAGAGAGAUUAAGGUUUUAAUAUACAUAUGGUUAUGGAUAUUGGAUACUUUUCCAUGUAGAACUCCUCGGGUAAGUGUUGAUUAAGAUAGAAACAAGGCUAAUAAAUGUUCUUUUCUUCAGCCUGAUAAGCACAAAGAGUUCAAAUGGCACCUAAUUGAUGGUUAUAAGUAAUCAGUGGAGGACGUUCUUGCAUAAGCAUAUUGCAUUUUCUUAAAGUGGUGCUUGUGAAGUCACAUAUAGAAGCCUGGAGGAAAUUAAUUGGCAUGCUUGACUUUGUCUCGUGAAGCUUCUAGACUACAGACACAUGCUUCUAACUUUUGGUUUUGCAUUGUUUUGCUUUGGGAAUUCCGGACUAAGAUGCAAUGAGAAGUUGAUAUUAAUAAAGGAGAGGACAUGGUAUCUUUAAUA